CAGACAGCAGUGUAUUGAUGCUUGACUUCUAUCGCGGCACGGGUCACGUGAGGAUCAAAGGCUUGAAGACAAACUCGAUCGAUCCCCUGACCUCGUCGCUGCGUGUCGUCAUUUGUUUGAUACUCGAGUAGGAUGGGCUUUCACACCUGGCGCGGUUUACAUCAGACCUGAAGCGACUUCGGAGUUAGUGUUGUUGUUUAGGCUAGUUUUAAUCAUUAUUAUAACGCGAUCUGAAGUUAUUAAAAUUAAAAACAGUACGACUGCGGGCUUUUUCCCUACUUUUUCCUGAUGUCGGACUGCAGCUCGUCGGGUUCAGAUGAGGAUUUGGACCCGGAGAUAGAGCUGCUGGACGAGCUCGGGGGCACGCUCAGUAAGUGGACAAACUACAUUCAUGGAUGGCAGGACCGCUGGAUUGUGCUGAAGGGCAAUAUUUUCAGUUACUACAGGUCAGCAGAUGAGAAGGAGUACGGCUGUAGAGGGUCAAUCUGUCUCAGCAAGGCUGUCAUCACGCCUCAUGAGUUUGAUGAAUGCCGUUUUGACAUCAGUGUGAACGACAGCAUCUGGUACAAGGCUUUGCUCCGGCAGCAGUGGAUCGAUACCAUUGAACUCCACAAGGCUGAGUCAGGCUACGGGUCUGAGAGCAGUUUACGUCGCCAUGGCUCCCUACUGUCCCUCACCUCUGCCGCCAGCGGCCUCUCCACCACCUCCGCAUCCUCCUGCAAGAAGGGAUACAGCCUGCGGGAAAAGCUAGCGGAGAUGGAGACUUUCCGGGACAUUCUUUGCAGACAGGUGGACACAUUGCAGAAGUAUUUUGACAACUGCGCAGAUGCAGACAGUAAAGAUGAGCUCCACAGGGACAAAGUAUCUGAGGAUGAGGAAGACUUUCCAACCUUACGGCCAGAUGGAGAUUAUCUGCUCAACAACAACAAUAGCAGCAAAGAGAAAUUAUUUCCUGUGGACAACCUCAAAGGUCCCUUAGGCAUCGAUUUCAAGGGUGAAGCCAUCACGUUUAAAGCUACUACAGCAGGAAUCCUGUCCACACUGUCCCACUGCAUUGACAUUUUGGUCAAAGGAGAGGAGAGCUGGCAAAGACGACUUGAUAAGGAAAUCGAAAGGAGAAAACGGACUGAAGAUGCCUACAAAGCUGCAGUGACAGAGCUGAAGAAGAAGCCUCAUUAUGGAGGACCAGACUAUGAAGAAGGACCAAACAGUCUGAUCAAUGAAGAGGAGUUCUUUGAUGCUGUGGAAGCUGCGCUGGAUAAACAUGACCAGAUCGAAGAGCAAUCCCAGGCUGAAAGGAGCAGGGCAUCUCGCCGGAUCUCCUUCACUCCAGACACCUAUUCCUCCAUCAGCACUCAGAAAUACUUGACUACGCCUCACAGUCAGACUUCCUCCUUAUCCUCCGUUGACCUCAUAAGUGCCUCCGAUGACGUGCACAGGUUCAGUGCUCAGGUUGAGGAGAUGGUGCAGAGCCACAUGAAUUACUCUUUGCAGGAUGUGGGUGGAGAUGCUAACUGGCAGCUGGUUGUUGAAGAAGGGGAUAUGAAGGUGUACAGGAGAGAAGUGGAGGAGAACGGCAUCGUUCUGGAUCCUCUCAAAGCUACUCAUGCUGUCAGAGGGGUCACAGGUCACGAGGUCUGCCACUACUUUUGGGACACAGCUUUUCGGAACGACUGGGAAACAACUGUUGAAAGCUUUCAAGUGGUGGAGACACUCUCAGAUAAAGCGGUCAUCAUUCAUCAGACACAUAAGAGGGUGUGGCCUGCUUCCCAGAGAGAUGUGCUUUAUGUAUCGGUUAUCCGAAAAAUUCUCUCCACUAAUGAGAACGAUCCGGACACCUGGCUGGUGUGCAACUUCUCAGUGGAUCAUGACGGCUAUCCACCUUCAGCUAGAUGCAUUCGUGCCAAAAUCAAUGUAGCCAUGAUCUGUCAAACACUAAUCAGCCCACCAGAGGGAGACAAAAAGAUCACCAGAGACAACAUCCUCUGUAAAAUCACAUAUGUAGCCAAUGUAAAUCCUGGUGGUUGGGUUCCUGCAUCAGUCCUGCGAGCUGUAGCCAAAAGAGAAUACCCCAAAUUCCUUAAACGCUUCACCUCAUAUGUUCAAGAGAAGACCAGUGAUGCGGUUGUUCUCUUCAAAAAAACCACCAAACAACUACCACCAAAAAAAAAACCACUUCCCCCCUACAAAAAACAUCACAUCGCAUUAGAGCGCUGCUCUGCCCAAGUGCUCUUGACACUCUUCAGAAACCUUUUCAACCCGUAUCCAUACAGACCGAGCAACAGCACUACACCAACACCAAAAAUGGUACGAAGUCUGUAA